AUGGAUGAAGCAGUUCGCCACCUCGAUACGGAUGGGACAGCUCGCCACGUCGACAUAGAUGAAACAGCUCGCCAGCACAACGCUCCGAUAGACGGUCGGUCAGAGACCCAAGCUCCAGAAAGACGUGCCCAAGAAAUUCAACGAGUACAGCGCGCCUUAUUCGGAGAUUCGCCCGCACCACCAACGACAGAAAAUCACCCGGCCUCGAACUACGAUGAGGUGAACAUCGGAGCUCCCGAACACGAAACGCGUCGACCUCAGAUAAGAAACUCACAGCAAGACGAAGAAAUGCUCGAGAUGAGGGCCAAAUUGCGAGCCAUGACUUUGCUUGUACAUCAAGCCACUAGCUCGGCACCCGAGAUCGACCGUGUGUUGAAAGAAAGCCAAAGCACGCCGUUCACGACCCGAAUCACCGACUUCCCGAUUAGAACUCAAGUGAAGUUCAAUCUCCCGACGUAUACAGGCAACUCGGACCCAAGCCAAUUCAUGACCGCGUUAAGCAUUCAAAUGGGCCGAGCACGAUUCACCCCCGAGGAAAAAGAUGCAGGCUUCUGCCAACUGUUCGUUGAAAACCUCGGCGGUGCGGCCCUCGUUUGGUUCUCCAAGUUAAAAGUAAACUCGAUUGACAGCUACCAAGCGUUGUCGACCGCAUUCCUCAAGAGGUACAUGAUGUAUAUCCAAGGCGCAGUUUCCAGCGCUGACCUCUACCAGAUCAAACAAGGCGAAAAAGAAUCCCUUCGGUCUUUUAUCAGCAGGUUCAAUGCGAUGGUUUCUCGGAUCACCGUGACUGACGAAGCAUCGCUGCCAGCUCUUCGGAAUGCCCUGCGAAUCGAUUCGAAGUUUCGGGACAGCCUCAAGUUCAGCAAACCCCGAACUCUCGAAGACGCGCUUCACCGUGCCACUUUAUACAUCGAAGACGAAGAAGAAAAAGAGACCGCGUCGCCAGCAAAAGCGACACCGAAGCAGCAACCUCACAAAGAUACCCCCAAACAAGAUUAUCAGGAACCUCGACAACACCUCGACAAUAACUAUCGAGGUGACAAUCGCCGAGGAGCGACGUACAACAUUAGCACUCAACAGCAGCAAAAUCGCCCGUACCAAAACCAAUCAAACACCUGGCAGCGAGGAGAUCGUGGAGAGACACGACCCUUCUGCGAUUAUCACAACAAGUAUGGUCACCCGACUGCGAUGUGUCGUGAACUACAGGCCUAUUUGCUCGCCAAAUAUCGCAAGGGGGAGAUCGCAUUAGCAAACCAGCCCCAACACACCACGCCGCAAAACAGCGGGGCUCGACCAACGGAUUCCGCCGAACAGCUUCCACCUCCUCCUCCAACGAACGAUCAAUCUAACGACGACGUCGCGAAGAGAGACCGUGGAAACCAACCUCGAUGUGACACUCCUCCGGCAUCUCGAAAGAAGGUGUUCUUUAUCAUGGGAGGCCUAUCGACGUGCAACGAUUCCGUCAGGUCGAUAAAAAGUACGGCCGCCAGGUCAUGCUCGCACAAAAAUGGCAAGUUAAAAGAUGCGAUCACUUUCACCGAGGCCGACACGGAAAGGGUCGACAUGCCACAUAACGAUCCGCUUGUGGUCGAGCUGCGGAUCGCAGAUUGUGAAGUAUCUCGAAUACUGGUCGAUACAGGAAGCUCGGUCGACCUGAUCUUCAAAGAAACGCUAGACAAAAUGGAACUGACUAACCAUUACCUCAAGUCAUCGGUUAAGCCACUCACGGGAUUCGAUGGAGACACAGUCUACUCGAUCGGAAACGAUCAGGCUUCCAGUCUACGCGGCAAAGACGACUCGCCUCGUCAAAUUCGUCGUCGUCGACAAACCCGCCAUCUAUAA